AUGGCUUGGGAAUGUGAUCUUGAUCUUGAAAUACGAGCUUAUGGCAUUUUGCAUGUGGAUGACAAUGAUCUAGAGCCUAAGUGUCUUAUUGGUAAGAUCUUACAUGAGAAUGGAAGUUGCUUUUCUCUUGUUAGUCAAAUGCGGUUGAUGUUUGUUUUCACGUUCUUAAAUCACCCGGGUACUUGGGUACUUCAAGCUCGAGAUGGUGUACAGCUGUCACCAAUUCCUCUACCAGGUGUGUGGGAUAAUUCAAUUUUGGAUCAUUCCGCACAAUGCACGGACUCGAAUAGCAGUUAUGGGUAUGGAAGAUACCUUGCAGACCGGCUGAGAGCCCAAAUUGAGAAGUGGGCUCAAUAUUCAGGGGUCAGCGAGAGAACACUAGGCUAG